AUGCCCCCUCGCCGAAACCGUCCUACUACCAACAUCCACGGGCCUACCACAACCCAGAAUGUCCCGCCGCCAACACAACGAACACAGACCCCAGCGGGGACCACACAACGCCAACUCGGUAUGCUACCUACAGUAUACCAGAGCAACAUGAAAGUGCUUCUGCGAAGGGAGCCCUACAUCACUGCCAUUAUCGACCAAUUCAGUCAUGUAUGUCUCUACCACCACAACGGCCAGAAGUGGGAGAAACAUGGUUACGAAGGGAGCAUGUUUCUCUUUGAAAAGUCGACCUAUCCUACCUAUGGCUUCUACAUCCUCAACCGUGCGGGCACCGACGACUACAUCCGCCCGAUCUACCCGGAGGACGACAUGGAGAUCAUGGGUGAUUACCUCAUGUGCCGCUUCUACCCUGACUUCACGAAGACGCGUCUGGAAAUGGGUCUGCCCUUCCCCAUCCCGCCGGAGCACCGUGCGGCAUUCGACCACGAGCUGUCGAGGCGCAUCCCACCCGAAGAACAAGCGAAACCACGGGAGAAGAAGGGUACUUCCAUUAUCCUUGGUCUCUGGAUGUUCCCAACGGACGCUCGAGAACCGCUCAAAGAGGUUAUGAUGCGACUACACUCAUAUGUCAAACGUAAUGCAGAUUACCCUGAGGAGUUCAAGUAUGGCCCUGGCCGCCCUCCGCCGCCCAAUCCUCAUCUCCGGACCACGAGUCGCGCAUCUACCCACACUCCCUCACAGGAUCAAGGAGACACUCUGCACGCCGGGCAACCCAACGGUGUAUCUCACAGCCAAACGCUCCCUUCCGUGGAACAAGCUGCAGCUGCUACCAAUGGAGCCGGUACAGAGCUCGAUCUACUUUUCUCUAAGCUGAUCCCGCCGUCUGUGUCUGCGCCUUUGCCGACCUCUUCUUCAGUUGGUCCCCCCAGCGGGAAGUCGGUCUACGACCUUUUUGCUGCCCUCGGUGGUAACGAUAUGACCUCACGAAGCGUCCCGCCUCCUCAACCGCUAUCUGUGCCGGAGCCUCCUCCAAGCCGCGGCCUUGCUCUGCUUGACUCUAUCUUUGCGUCAGCUACACCUGCGACGUCCUCGACAAGUAUAAACAGCUUUGCGACUCCUACGCAGCCCCAACCACGGUUUGAAGAGAUCACUAUCGUAUCUCCCAAGCCAACGUCCAGUGCGCUUCCUCAGAUCCUCAACCAGGAUGUCAUCCAUACGCUGCUCGGUCUGGGACCGGAUUCGCGCGCGUCUUCUGCUGCACCCAGCUCCGUAGGCUCACGGCGCUCCAACCCUAACCGCUACGAGGGAGACAACGAGAAUAGCGAAGGCGAACUGGCCCUCAAUGGCGCUGCAUCGUCCCGCUCCCGCACCUCCGACCGCAAAGUGAACGGCCGCACCGCGGGAAUCCCCACCUUCUCCGUCCAGUCUGUCCAGAACACCGCGUCUUCCGAGUCGGAAGCCGACGACGUAGGGCGGCCAAGCAGUUCGCGCCGCGUACCUGGCGAUGUAACCCCUCGCCCUCCGGCCGGAGGCUUGCGCCUGCCCCCUACCUCCCCACCGCAGUUCCUACACCAACCGUCCGUGCCCACAGCUUCACUAUCUGCCCCCAACCUCAGGGCGCCGCCCAAUGGCAUCCCAGCCCCAGACACACCUUCGGGCACGCGCGGCGAGCGAGCACUCGUGCCAUUUGAGGCGAGCUCCGAGCUGUGGCCGUAUCCCCGCGCGCCGCUCGACGACCGCUCAUUCGAGAACGAUGACGUCGUUGAGCUCGACUUCUCCGACACGCGCGCUCUUAGCGACCCCGCGAUCUUUUCUUCGCGCCUCAAGGACAAGCAGCAGAAGAAGAAGGGGAGGAAGAGCCGCAAGGAGCGCGAUGAGGACAACGUGCGGCAGCGCGCGGAGAUCGAGCGGGGCUGGGAUAUGCCCGCGCAGGGGCACGGCCAGCCGUCGUACCCGCCGACGGCGAAGACGGCUGUGGCCGCUAUGGCGCCGCCUAACGGCGUGGCCGUGGUCCCGAACGGCGCGCCUCCGAUUGUGAACGAUGCAAUCGCCAACGUGAAUGGGACGACCCCGAACACGAACGGCGCGAUCCCGAACCUGAACGGCGCUACCGCAGCCGUGACCCCGAAUGGGCCCGGUGCCGACAGCACUCCAAAGCAGACGAGGAAGGUCGGAGUGAACGGGUCGAACGGCGUCCCGCACGUCAAUGGCCAGAGCCGGAACGGCGCACUGGACAGCAUCUCUGCGAAAGAGGCCAUCUUCGCCGCGAUGAACGCGCAUGUUCCCGCGCCAGCGCCGACGAUUCCAAAGACCGAGUUCGUGAGGGAACUGCUCACUCUCAUUCAUACUGACUCUCAGUUCGUUGAUGGCCUCUGGAGAGACUACACGACGCGCGCUGCGUGAUUCCGACCCAGUGCCCAAUCUGCCUACUAUAUCUUGACACGCGUUUUGUCUCCAGCAUCCCCGCACCUUACCUCACAUCGCCUGCGGCAUCAUCCUAGCACCCCCACUCGUUGAUCUUCAUGUGUACAUAUAGUCAUCAGCACUCAGCACUCCGCUCUUGCGCUCCAUCUCCAGUAGCCAUGUUGUGUCUGUACCCGCCCGUCACUCGCUAUCAGCAUUCAUUUCUCG